AUGGACGGACCUACAUACCGAUUUGAGCUUGCCAAAUCCAACAGAGCAGUAUGCCGCAACACAGCCUGCAAGAACGCCGGCGUCAAGAUUCAGAAAGGGGAGUUCCGAAUGGGCACACUGGUCGUCAUUCAGGACAACCAGUCCUGGCAUUGGAAGCACUGGGGUUGUGUGACGCCAAAGCAGAUCGAGAAGAUGCAAGACCUGCUCGAAGGUCUAAACAUCGAUGAUGACAAGGACAUGGAGAUCCUUGAUGGCUGGGAAGAGAUUGACGCUGGGUCUCAGGAAAAGCUUCGCGAGGCUAUCAGAGUGGGCCAUGUUGCUGACGAGGAUUGGAAAGGAGAACCUGAGCUCAAUCGACCAGGCAUGAAGGGCAUCAACAAGAGAACUCCCAAGAAGAAGGCCGCUGAGGAGGACGCUGAGAAUGGCGACGCGGAGUCUCCAGUCAAGGCAAAGAAGACUAAGAAGGCCAAGAAAGCUGAUCAGGACGACGACAACACCGCCGAAGCCAAGCCAAAGAACACCAAGAAACGCAAGGCCCACAACGAUACGGAAUUCGAGCAAGGCGACCCAGCUCCCGUCAAAGCGAAGAAGUCCAAGAAGGUCAAAUCCGAGGUCGAAGACGAGAACGUCGCCGAGGAAGACGAGGUCAAGCCAGUCAAGAAAGCAGCGAAGGCCAAGAAAGUCAAAUCCGAAGCCCAUAGCGAUGGCGACGCCGCCGAGGAGGAAGAAGUCAAGCCAGCCAAGAAAGCGUCCAAAUCACGCUCAAAGAAGACCGCUGCUCCUGAUCAGGUUGACGGCGCUAACGACGUCAAAGACGUGAAGCCGACCAAGGCUAAGAAGAGCAAGAAAGUCAAGGCCGAAGAAGACGACGCUGAGAUAAUCGAAGAGCCCGCCAAAACCAAAGCCAAGAAGAGCAAGAAAGUCAAGACUGAAGAGGAAGAUGCUGCUGAGGUCGUGGCUGCUCCGACAAAGAAGGGUCGUGGACGCCCUGCCAAGAAGUGA